AUGGGAAAUGAUGGAGGAACAAUUGCUCGGGGAAAGGAUCUCCAGGCCAUAUUCGGCGCCGAGGCGGCUCGCAAUGCUGAAAACACGCACGAAGCAGAGCUAGUAUGUCUGCUCACGUCGCUACCGCUUUCCAAAAGCGGGAAGAGCGAACGAGUCGCCGCUGACUACAAGGGCAAUUUGUUUCUCAAAAAGCAGCUAUUGGAAGCUCUCCUCGCAAAGUCCUUGCCCCUGGCACUUUCCCAUAUCAAGUCACUAAAAGACAUCGCCGAUGUCUCUGUGCAUUUCGACACUGAAGACAACAUCGUGUGUCCUGUCAGUUCUGCCAAACGGACGAAGCAUUUUCCGUUUUGUUAUCUCCGGACUUGUGGUUGUGUUAUUGCCUGUAAAGUGCUAGGUGAGCUUCGGCACCAUCUCCACAUCGACGACACCACCGAAGAGGCGGCCGAGAGCGAGUGUCCGCAAUGCAGUGGUAAAUUCAUGUUCAACUAUGACGUUGUGAUCAUCAAUCCUCAUUCUAAAAAGGAUAUUGACUUGAAUGAGAGAAAUUAUAUCUAUCUCAUCGACACCCUACGGAUGACCCAUAGCAAGACACCCCUCAAGAGAAAGAGCGACAAAAGCGACAAGAGCAGCAACAAGAAAAGGAAAACGAAAAAGAUAAAGCCGGAUGAUAACAAUACCGAGAAAAGCUGA